AUGAGAUUCCUCAAUGUGGGGCGUGCGAAGCCCCAUCAGCCCUCCGCUACAUUGCUUCUAUUUCUCUUGAUCGUCCUGCUGGCUCAACUGGCCUCUGCCCAGCAUAAUACUAAUACCGACGUUGCUGCAACUACUGCGAAAACGACCGAGGGCACGAAGGUCACAGAUCCAGCUACUACGGACGCGGGGAAGACCACCGAUUCGAAAUCGACGACCGAUGCCAAAACUACAGACGGUACAACUACAAAAGCUUCGACGAGUAGCGAAACCUCCUCAACCACGGAAGCCUCUACGACUACCGAUGCAUCGACGACGUCGACUGCAACGUCUGCAACGUCUGCAACCUCAACAGACGGAUUCCCUGUGGUGACCGUGCCACCGACAGCGGAUGCGCCGUACAUGCAAAAAUCGAACACGCCCGAAGGGACGGUGUUCAUUGCUGUAGGUGCAGCCCUAGGUUUGAUUGGGCUCUCGGUGCUGGCAUGGCGUGGGCUCGUCGCAUGGUCGGUCAACCGAUCCGUCCGCCGCGCCGCGUUGAUGCACGCCUCGGAAAAGAAAGGACUCCUUCGCUCCAAGAGGAAGAGGUCAUCAAGACAUUCUCGCGCUCUACCUGCGACCAUGUCACUCGAAAAGCUUCCCCCACACCACCGCAACAGCUACAAUCCAAGAGCAUCCAAUAUCCCCAGUACUGGUAGCGGUCUCUUCUUCUCUCCGACCGCGGGCGCCGGAAUGCAUACAAGCGGAAACAGAGGAUCCAGCUACCUUCCGGCGGGCUACUAUGCUGCAGGAAACGCUGCCCCCGCUGGAAGUCAGAACAUCCCAUACUCGACGCCAGAAAUGCGACCACACUCGCAGGGCUACAUUCGCACUAAAUCUAAUCCGAGCCCCCCUAGGUCACCGGGUCUAUCGCCUAGCGGUCUACAUGACAAUAACUACGAUCCUCCCACCAGGCAUUCUUAUGUCGCCGGCUCCACCAGCUCGUUGAAUCUUGCCUCUCCGACCCAUGGAAGAACUCCCAGUGCGUUCUUGGAGGAUCUUUUCGAAAGUCAUGCCCCUCAAUCGGACAACGGUCAUAGAUGA